GUUGUUAGGGGCGCCCUCCCUCCCUCCCUCUUAUUCCCAAGUAACCAAACAAAUUGCUAACGAACCAUUUUGUUAAACUUUCUUCUUCUUCUUCUUCUUCUUCUUCAAAGGGCGCCUCGUUACCGCUUUUACUUCUUCUGCUUCUCUCUCUCUGAAAACAAUUCUCCCUCUCUCUCCCCCAACGCUUCUCAAUUGCUAAGGCCUCAAUCCAAUCCUCACUAUCCUCCUUCAAACUGAAAUGUAGCGUAUUUCCAUUUUUUUUGGCCUUCCAAUUCUUUUUUGUUUGAUUCUGUAGAUUUAGGGUUUUUUUUCUCUCUCUCUUUCUGUUGGUUUUUGGGGGUUCAGUGGGGGGGUGGGAGAAAGAUGAAGGAUUUGAACUCUGAUAUUUUUGACCCCACCGCCGGGAUGGAUUCUGAUUAUUCUCGUGCCUCUUGCGCUUCAUCAUCCGACGCCGAUUUUGGUUUCGCUUUUAACGAUAGUAAUUUCUCUGAUCGUUUGUUACGGAUUGAGAUUAUGGGGGAACCGCCCGAGUCCCGUCCCGAUUCCGUUGGAUGUACUAGCAUCCUCGAUUGGGCCAGACGGAAGAGAAGAAGAGAGGAUUGCAAGAAGGAUAACGUUGUUGAUCUAAACGGAUGCCCCGAGGAGCAAGUUUUAAAUGGAAGCCAACCCGAUAUGGACGACGCCAUACCUUGUGACAAUUUAGACGAUGAACCUGCUCAAAUGAUCGAAGAGUUACAUUCAGGUGACGAAGCUGCAAAUGGCGACGAAUCAAGCUGGGGGAUGGAUUGCUCGACUGUUAUUAAAGUUAAAACACUGCACAUCAGCUCCCCAAUUUUGGCUGCCAAAAGUCCUUUUUUCUAUAAGCUGUUCUCUAACGGGAUGAGGGAGUCUGAACAGCGGAAUGUGACCUUACGAAUUACUGCCUCAGAGGAAGCUGCACUAAUGGAGUUGCUGAAUUUUAUGUAUAGUAAUACCCUAUCUUGUAGCACUGCUUCGGCUUUGCUCGAUGUGCUUAUGGCUGCAGACAAAUUUGAAGUUGCUUCAUGCAUGAGAUAUUGCAGCAGACUUUUGCGAAACUUGCCCAUGACACCUGAGUCUGCAUUGCUGUAUCUAGAGCUCCCAUCCAGUGUCUUAAUGGCUGAAGCAGUCCAACCUUUGACCGAUGCAGCAAAGCAGUAUCUUGCUGUUCGCUACAAGGACAUUACCAAGUUCCAGGAGGAGGUUAUGGCAUUGCCUCUUGCAGGAGUGGAAGCAAUACUUUCCAGUGACGAUCUUCAAGUUGCAUCAGAGGAUGCAGUAUACGACUUCAUCCUGAAGUGGGCUAGAACACAGUAUCCAAAGUUGGAGGAGAGACGAGAAGUGUUAGGGGCUAGACUUGCUCGUUAUAUUCGAUUCCCCUUUAUGACAUGUCGAAAGCUUAAGAAAGUUCUGACUUGCAAUGACUUUGAUCAUGAUGUUGCUUGCAAACUUGUGCUUGAGGCCCUUUUUUUUAAGGCAGAGGCUCCUCACCGGCAGAGAAUUUUAGCUGCUGAUGAGGCAUCUACCUCAAACCGCCGCUUCUUUAUCGAGAGAGCUUAUAAAUAUCGUCCAGUCAAGGUUGUUGAGUUCGAUCGUCCUCGGCAGCAGUGUGUGGUAUACCUGGACCUAAAGCGGGAAGAGUGCGCAAAUUUGUUUCCGUCGGGUAGAGUGUAUUCUCAGGCAUUCCACUUGGGUGGACAAGGUUUUUUUCUUUCGGCUCACUGCAACAUGGAUCAGCAAAGCUCAUUCCAUUGUUUUGGGCUUUUCUUGGGAAUGCAGGAAAAAGGAUCAGUAUCUUUUGCAGUUGACUAUGAAUUUGCUGCAAGAUCAAAGCCAACGGAGGAGUUCGUAAGCAAAUAUAAGGGCAAUUACACGUUCACUGGAGGCAAGGCAGUUGGGUAUAGAAACUUGUUUGCAAUACCAUGGACUUCUUUCAUGGCGGAAGACAGUCACUACUUUAUUAAUGGAGUCCUCCAUCUUAGAGCUGAACUUACCAUCAGGAGCUGAACUUUCAUUGACCACGAUAAGUUUGAUUUGUUUUGUUUCUAAAAAGUAUCCAAGGGCUGUGUGGUCUAGGUGUGUCUAACCAUCUAAUCUUUUGUAUGGGUUUCUUUUCCCCUUUUGACAUCGUUCCCUCUUCUCGACGAAGGCGAUGUAAUAGUAAAGCUGUUUUUAUUAGUGAUACUUGAGUGGAUCUCAAGUAUUUUAUACCAAAAUCUCUCGGGAUAUUGCUUUACUUUUCUUCUCCAUACUUAACCAUCAACGUUUGUAACCUGGACUUGUGGCAUCCUUAGAUCUUUGAAAUGUAUUUGGUAGCCUUAGAAACUUGAUUGAUCUAUUGAUAUUGUGAUUAUUAUUAUUA